AAGUAGUAAAAAAUGAAUCCGCCUCAACAAUAUAGAACUUAUCUACAUAUACCUUGAUUGGAGCGCUUUGCCCAACGGUUGCUAUUGCUGAUUUUUGCUCUUUUGCCGAGUUCUUAAGGCUUUUGAAUGUGGAAUUGGGAAUGAAGGUGCCCGAGGACGCUCCGGCCUCAGUCGGCGCAUUUUGCCCCUUUGUUUUGGAAAAGAGACUCUCCGCUGCCCCAAGGGGAGGUUUGUUCUCUUUGGCAGCUAGCAGCAGCUUUUCCCUGGUGUUGGCAAACUUUCUCCCACAGACUGUGACCAUUUUUUGCGUAUUUCCCGGCGAAAAUGACGUUGACUUUGAAAACAACCGAUUUCGAUUGUUCCGUUUGGUGUUUGCGCGCCAUUAGCAACAAUUUCGCAAUUUGCGCCAAAUUAAGUCGUACAAUUUGUCGCACUCUUUUGUGCUUUUGGCGGCCAUCGGGUGCCAUCAUGUGCGGAAGUGUGAUUCGGGAAUCAAUUGCCCGCCGGCAUAUAAAUAGUGUGCCAGUUGCCUACAGGCACAUAUCAUCUGCAAAUAGCGGCGAGAUUCGCUAGAGAGACUGCUUAAGUAUGACUUUCCAAGGGGGAGUUUCCGUAUUUUUGUGCAUUCUAGGCGUGGCCCAGCUCGUUGCGGCUGGAAACUCGGAUGACUUGUUCGCUCGCAUUGCGCCGGCCGACGUGGAAAUGUGCGGCAAAGACACUGGAGUUGAUCGUAAGGAGUUUGAAGACGCCAGGGAGAAACGCGCCUUAAACCAUAGCAUGCUGUGCUUCCUUAAGUGUGCCAUGGAAAAGGUCGGGUUUCUAAAGGACGGCCAUCUAGAAAUCGACCAAGCUAAGGGGUCGCUUCCGGACAAAAUGAUGGAGCCCGUAGUUGAAUGCUUUAAGGCAGUUGGCCCGAUUUCCACCUGCGAUGACAUCCAGAAGGUGGAGGACUGUCUGCCAAGCUCUUAAGGCUUAGAUCAUCCGGCUUAGAUACGAGCAGUUGUUUGCAAAAAUAUACGUUAUCCGUUAGGUUAAA